UGUUGGACGUAGUGUCGUUAGUGUCCAUAACACAACAGAUCAACGUACGAGACGUAAAUAUUUUCUUCCUGUAAACAACGCUUAUCUUGAUUUGGCUGUAGCAAUACACAGUAUCACUCCUGACAAAAACGCGACAAGCACUUUUCACUUUCCUUUGUGUGGACCCAACACAUACUAUCAUAAAAUUAAUGGGACAUUGAACUGCACGUGUAUGGAAGGAUACUCAGGAGAAUGUAACUCGUGCCAAGAUAUCAACGAAUGUCAGUCUUCUCCUUGUGGCAAAGAUCACUCAUGCAUAAAUAUCCCAGGCUCCUACGAAUGUAAUUGCUCCACUGGAUACAAACGUGACAAAUCCAAAAAGAAAUGCAUCGAUGCCAACGAAUGUCAGUUUUCUCCUUGUGGCAAAGAUCAUUCAUGCAUAAAUAUCGCAGGCUCCUACGAAUGUCGAUGCUCCACUGGAUACAAACUUGACAAAUCCAAAAAGAUAUGUAUCGAUAUCAACGAAUGUCAGUCUUCUCCUUGUGAAUGGUGUUACUUAUGCUAUAAUACCCCAGGCUCAUACGGUUGCAAAAGAGGUCCUCGUUGUGUACAACCUGUACCGCCCAAACAUGAAAAGUCCGAUUGGGACUGCCCAUACGUUAUUCCUAUUUUAUCAAAGAACACUCGUGCGUAAAUAUCCCAGGAUCAUACGAAAGCCUAUGCUCAAAUGGACACAAUUUUUUCAAAUCCAAAAAGAAAUGUUUCGGUAAG